UUGAAAACCAUAGUUUCCCACUGUGUGUCUCUCUCCAGUCAAUAUUUACUAUAUACGCACACACACACACACACACGAUUUUGUGGUUAGUUUAUUUAUUUUAUUCACAAAUUGAAUUGAAAACAUAUUUGACUCUUUUGUUGUUAUUCAGUAAUAAAAUAUGUUGUAUACGCAGUGAUUCUACAAUCCAGAGAUUAUGCAUUUUUGGGUGAACCAGACAGACACCAUACCAUUUUCAUACCCCAUUAAUUUAAUAGUUUCAAUAGAAAAAAAAAGAAUUAGUCAACAUUAAAAUCAAUAAAAAUGUCCUAUAUUACAUCUCAGUACAAUAACAUUUUCUUCGAGUUUACUAUUCAAAUGUGGAUUAUAGAUCCCAUGUUAAAAAUGUCUAUAUUUUUCUACCAUUGUUCUUAAAACAGUUGCAAAACAUAUACAAUGCAUUGUACUUAAAAGACGCAUGAUGAGUGUUGCUAGAUUUUAGAUAAACUCAGCAAACCACACACAUACAUCACUGUGCAGCACAACAGUGACAGAAGCCAUUUGAUGGUAAGCCACUUGGAGAGAGUAGUCAGACCUACAUUGCUAAGGAGUUUUUCUUUCAACCUUAAUACUUUGCAGGAGUUUAGACAUCAUAAGUCUUAGAUCAUGGAAUCAAGGCAACUAAAUGAAGAUUUGAAUAAUGAGACCUCAAAUGAUAGCAACUGUGAUGUGUAUAUCUGCCGCCACACAGCCAAAUUUCUUUUCCCAAUUUUUUACCUGGUUGUGUUUCUUGUUGGCAUAUUUGGAAAUGUACUAGUCCUUUACAUUACCUUUCAAAAACAGCAAAAGGUCAACUCGACAAGCCUUUACUUAAUCAACCUAGCAGUUUCAGACACCUUGUUUGCUCUGGCAUUGCCUGGAAGAAUAACCUACUACAUCAGGGAGUUUGAUUGGCCUUUUGGUGAUUUAAUGUGCAGGAUUACCACUGUCAUAUUUUACACAAACACCUAUGUGGGCAUCGCAAUAAUGACUUGCAUAAGCAUUGACCGCUAUCUUGCGAUGGUCCACCCCCAUCGUCUCACAAAGCUUAGAAGAGUUGAGGUUGUGAGGAUAAUCUGUGGCCUUGUUUGGUUCUUGGUGUUUUGUCAGACAGCACCUCUGCUCCUCAAGGAAAUGGUGAGAACCGUGGAUGGCAAGGAAACAUGCAUGGAGUACUUCAACUUUGAAGCAUCUCCAAAACUGCCCUACCUGCUUUUGCUCGCCUGCACCAUCAGUUACUGCAUUCCUUUGGUGGUCAUUGUGUGUUGCUACACAAAAAUCAACCUGAAACUGUUCAACUCUGCAAAACACAAUCCAAUAACCAGCAGAUCUGGCCGCAAUAAAAGAGCCACCAACAUCAUACUUCUCAUCCUCAUUACCUUUGUACUGUGUUUCAGCCCCUACCACAUAAACAUCAUGCAGUUCAUGAUCAGGAAGAUUUAUUACCAUCCAACCUGUGAGGAACUUAAAGCCUUCAAGAUGUCUCUUCAGGUCACAGUGUCCAUCAUGAACAUGAAUUGUUGCUUAGAUCCAAUUAUCUACUUUUUUGCUGUGAAAAGCUAUAAACAAAAGCUCAUGAGCUUGUUCAAGACCUACAUUUCCACAUCUACUUUUUCAUCAAAAACACCUUCUGACAGCAGCAGCAUUAGCUAAAUUGGCAUGUCUUGGCCUUAAUGCAGGUUUUGGCAAAUCAUCUAUCUCCUACCAGUCCCGGGAUCACUCUGCAGAUUGAACAAUGUCUGCACUCAAGAUGAACUAUUCAAGAACAUUUUGACAAAUUUCCAUGAAAAUAACCUUUAACAGUUUUUUUUUUUUUAAAUGACAUCAGGAUAUUAUACCAAAUCUAAAUUCCAAACUGAGGAAUUGAAAAUAAUUACUCCUUAAAAAAAUUAAUUGGAUACAAAGUUAGAUUUCUAAGCACGAUUCUAAGAUCCCUUUUCCUACUGUAUUUUAAUAUGCUGUUUGGAGUUUUUCUAUUUUAUUAAGGGAAAAGAAAGAACCUUGUGUGACUAAAUUAACGUUAAGGAUUG